UUCUCCGCAAAGCGCGCCGCGGUCAGCUAUGAAUGACGGCGGGAUGCAAACAGAACGGACCGCGAGUGCGACGCUAUCGCCAGAGAACCGGGCUCUGAUUGAUAGCGGCUUGCACGAGUUGCUGGCGGCUGUCUAUCCUCGCGUAACCUCGAUACAAACCUUCAUUUCAGAGAUCGAUAAUGCUGCACCGCCGGUUUUGGUGGAGGCAUUUGACACCGAUAACUACAAGCGCUUUAUCUCUCAACUCAUCGUCUGCGUCCCCAGGGAGGCAAAGCCUCUAUGGCGGCCGGUCACAUUCCAGCAGCUAUCUACACAGAGCGAAGUGGUUAUGCGAGUCAUUCAAAGGAUUUGUGAAAAAAGGAAGAGAAACGUGCUAACGUUUGGUUACAGCAAUGCGAAGGAAACCAGUUUCAUCCCUGUUAGAUCUACCCCCAACGUACAAAGUUACCAAAUAAAUACCACCACGGCUGUUAUCAAGACCAGUGUGCUGUGGAAAACGCUGGUGAGCAGGAUUGGCGAUGAUGUUAUGAUGUAUUUGCUGGAGCAUUGCUCUCUCUUUAGGCUAGUCCCACCAAGCUGUUGCUUUCAGUUAUGUGGAGUUCCCAUCUAUAGUCUUCUUUCAAGUGGUACGCAACUCCAGUCUGUCUGGCUUAGGCAGAGGCCAGUGCAAUAUCAGUCCAGCCUUGUGCUGAGUCAUGCUCGAAAGAAAGUUAACUUCUAUAAAGAGUUCCUUUCAAGGAGGAGGAAAUGGAAGGAAGGAAUAUCAGGAGGUGGAAAUCUAUUGGCAAAAGGACCUCUCAGUACAGACCCCCACAAGCAGAAAUUCGGAGGACCACCACGUGCUGCUCGGGCCAAAUCUGUGAAGCGGGCAAGACUCAAAGCCGAUAUUGGAAGAUGGGCAUCAGAGGACAUUGCCGCCAAAGCUGGAAGGUCACUAAAACGAUCUCUGGGCGAGGACAGAGUGGAGGCUCCUGCAAAGAGGUCAAGGGGAAGUGAGCUGUCAGUACUGGUGGAAAAUAAAGUGACGGAACGUGAAAGGUUGCUUGUGGAAAAUGAGUCGUGUGAAUCCCCUGAGGCUGCUGAGCAGUCUGGCAGUAUAAGUGAUCUGUCGGAUAAAGGAACUGUGGAAUGGACUGAAGCUAGUAAUAUCACUGAAUGUAAAUCGAAAUAUCCCAAAUUCACGUCACUGAUGAGCAGAGUGGACAAAAGUAUCAGUGUUGUCUCCAAAAGGCAGGGUACACGGACUGAUGCCAGGGCACAGGAGCCUGCUGGAGGAAAAACAAGUGGGUGUGUCAUGUAUGGUAUAGACAUUGUUUCUUCUGACAAAGGUGUCCUGUCCCCUGUAGCUGAAGAGCAGGGUACACUGUUCACAAGACUUAAGGCUAAAGGUACGGUGAUGCACUACGAACGUGGAAAGGGUUUUGAUAACUUCUCUGCUGCAGAAUCUGGUGAACAGAGUGAAUGUACGGAAAUGGAAUGUGCAAGAGUGAAAAAGUACAAACAAGGUGGCAGGGAAACGAGCGGAAAUCCAAGCACUGCGCUCAGCAGCAUGUACACCAGUGGAGAGAACACUUACUGGGAUGCUGCCGGUAAAAAUGGACAUUGUCACACAGAGUUUGGUGGAAUAGUAAAGCCUAAAUACUCUGGGAUGUCACUGCAUCCAUCUAAAGAUGCUCCUUCAAUAAAGAAAAAAUCCUGGAGUGAAAUUUAUAUUGAAAGAGGAAGUAUAAUGUACUGCAAUACUAAUUCUGAAUGUUUGCCAAAGGCAUUUAUAUUAAAUCAGUUGCAAGAAUUCAGCACAGGCGGCCAGAGACUUGUCGAAGCCAUAUUCUUGAGCAGAAAUGUGUCAGGGGCGAAGGUGGCCCAGGUGCAGUGUAGCAAUCACUGGAGAAGGAAAAGGUUUCCAAAGCGCUACUGGCAAAUGAGAAAUAUUUUCCAUCGAUUGUUAAGAAAUCAUAAACGUUGUCCGUAUCUGCAAAUAUUAUCCAGAAAUUGCCAAGUGAGCAUUCAGAAAGGAGGAAAGGUCAAUAAGGCUUCACAUGCUGAGUCAAAUAAUGAGCCAAACUCCUCUUCUGUUACAGAGAAGGCUUUAGGGCCUCCCAUCAGCAGAGCUGCGGGCUUUAAACCUAAUACUCCUAUUUCUUCAAGUGACAACCAAAUUGAAAAACAACAACAGAUAUUGAACAAAAGUUUAACAGGUCAUGUUUCAGUGAGCAAUGAUCUUCCUGGCCACAAUUUAACACCGAGAAGAUGCUUGGAAGAGUGUGCACAUUCUUGGAGAUCUUCGGAGUGUCCUGAGCAGAGUUGUCCUCCUGAAGAUCCAGCAGCGGAACCAAAAACACAUGAAGAGAUCAGAGCAUCUGCAGACGUUGAGCGUAAUGAGGGAUCGUGUGGCUCGGACCAGGAUAUGCUACUUUUGCUUAAACAGUACAGCAGUCCACUUCAGGUCUACCGGUUUGUGAGGGAGUGUUUGGUCAGGGUUAUAUCGGAUGAGCUUUGGGGAUCAAAUCACAACAAAUGCCGUUUCCUGAAGAAUGUGAAGAAGUUUAUUUCCUUGGGGAAAUUUGAUAAAUUCUCUUGCAGCGAACUGAUGUGGAAAAUGAGAGUGAAUGACUGUGUAUGGCUUCAACUGAACAAAGCCCAGCACUUUGUCCCUGCGUCAGAACACCGGUUACGUGAAGAUAUCCUGUGUCGGUUCCUGUUUUGGCUAAUGGACGUUUACGUGGUACAUCUACUCAAGUCGUUCUUCUACAUUACGGAGACAACGUUCAUGAAAAACACACUUUUCUACUAUAGGAAACGUGUUUGGAAGGAGGUGCAGAGGAUUGGUAUGCGAAAUCAUCUAGCAAAAGUACAACUACAGCCAAUUUCAUACAAGGAUGUGGAACAGAAACUCCAGCAGAAGAGCACAGCACCCCCUUCCAGUUUACGGUUUAUUCCGAAGAAAAAUGGCUUGCGGCCAAUUGUGAAAAUGCGAAAUAUAGCAGGAUCAAAGUCUUCUGGGAAAGGCCGAAAUCUCAACUGGACUCAGCUGAAAGUCCUUUUUGACGUCCUGAAUUACGAAUGUCAACAGAAACCGUCCCUAAAGAGCUGCUCUGUGUAUGGACUUGAUGACAUUUAUAAAGCAUGGAGGGAGUUUGUGUUACAGAAUUUGAAAGCUGAAAAAGUGAGCAGGGGGCAUCCUUAUUAUUUUGUCAAAGCAGAUGUUACUGGUGCCUAUGAUGCUAUUCCACAUGCCAAGUUAAUGGAAGUCAUUUCAGGCAUACUGGAUCUCAAAGUACCAGAGAACUAUUGUAUACGGCGCUAUGCAAAAAUCUGGGUGGAUGCUGCUGGACAAGUUAGAAAGACAUUUAAAAGACAGGUUUCCACUUUGAUGGAUCUAAUGACAACCAUGAAGGAAUUUGUGUCACAUCUACAACAGAAAGACUGUCUGCAAAACACUAUACUGGUAAACCAGGGUUUAACACUAAAUCAGAACUCUGAAGACGUGUUCACCUACUUCAAGCAAAUGAUCGAAAGCAACAUUAUCAGUAUUGGGGGCAAGUAUUAUGUGCAGUGCUGUGGAAUACCACAGGGUUCUCUGGUCUCAGCCUUGCUUUGUAGCUUAUGUUAUGGGGACAUGGAGAACAAACUCUUAAGUGGAAUUCAGGAGGAUGGGUUGAUGAUGCGACUGAUUGAUGACUUUUUGCUAGUUACACCGCACUUGUCACAUGCUAAAAGGUUUCUAAGAACUCUGGCUGCAGGGAUUCCAGAAUAUGGCUGCUUCAUAAGUCCGCAUAAAACUGUCGUCAACUUUCCUGCCGAUGAGGAUAUUCCAGGCUGCAAAAUGGCCAGAACAUUGCCAGGACACAGUCUUUUCCCAUGGUGUGGUCUGCUGUUCGAUACACAGACACUGGAGAUCUACAGUGACUAUUCCAGCUAUGCAAAUAUCUCCAUUAGAUCAAGUCUUACUUUCAGCUGUAGUUCUAACGCUGGACAAAAUAUGAAGAGGAAACUACUGGCUGUUCUGAAGCUGAAAUGUCACCAUAUAUUCUUGGAUCUUGAGGUCAAUACACUGAGAACAGUUGCCAUCAAUGUCUAUAAGAUUUUUCUUCUCCAGGCUUACAGAUUCCACGCUUGUGUUUUGCGGCUCCCUUUUGGACAAAGAAUAAAGGACAAUCCUUCUUUCUUCCUCGAUGUCAUCUUUGACAUUGUUACUUGUUGUUACACCAUUCUUAAAGCUAAAAACCGAGGGAUUUCUUUAGGCUCCAAAGAUGCUUCUGGUCCUUUACCUUUUGAAGCGUCCCAGUGGCUGUGCUGCUGUGCUUUCACUGUCAAGCUCUCCAGUCACAAGGCUGUUUACAAGUGUCUCCUGGGACCUCUGAAAACCUGCAAGACCAAAUUGCAAAAGAUUCUACCACAUUCCACAGUCCAGUUGUUGCAGAGUAUAACCCAGCCAUCUCUUCAUCGAGAUUUUGCUGCCAUCUUAGACUAAAGCAGAACUGGAAAUUCUUGACUUGAAUAUUGAACCAAGAGACCUGUACCAAGAGACGGAGGCAACAUCUUUAAUGCCAUGGUGUUAGAAUUCUCCAGACAUGAACUUUUAAUUGCAGAUGGAGAUGUUUGUGUUGUCCCUGCAAUGAUUUGUCACAUGUUUCUCAUAAAAGGAAUUUGCCUUUAAUUGUAUCGAGCCGAACAAUUGUGCUCACAAGCAUUGAGGCUGGGCAUCACUUAUUCUUGCAACACUGAGUUGGUCCAUUUGGAGGGAUUUCAAUCAGUUUGCAUAGGAUAAUAAUUAAUUAGACCUUUUAUUGAAAAGGUAGUGUUGAGAAACUUUGGGAGGCACCCUUUGAACAUAGGCUUUUAACAAUUUGAUAGAAGGAGAGCUCAUAGAGCCUUUGAGCUUGAAACUUUUGAGUGGCUGGUCAACUGAUAUAAAAUAUGGGGGUAUUCUGCACUUGAAAAAGGCUUUAUGCAUGUGGUAGAGGGAGUUUUAAGUUGUAUUUUUAAGAUCUAUGGAAGUGAUGCUUCCUUUAGCAAUCUCCUACUGGUUAUGGAAGAAUUUCAUAUAUCCCAGAAAAUUGGUGUCUCUGUAACUUUAGCUGGAUAAAGGAUUAACUGUUUGACUGCUGCUCAGUCUUAGGGGGGAAACAGUCACACCAUCGAUAAGGCGUGUUUUUUUUCCAACUCGUUAAUUAUGUCACACUUUAAUGAAGUAGAUUUUCUUCAGGUUUAUUACUGCUGACACAAAUGUUUAGGAACAAAAAACAAUUGUGGGAGUGAAAUUCCAGUCCGUUAUUUGAUCGUGUUCUUAGUAUGGAUAAAUCACAUCAUGCUUCGACCAUUAUUUAUAAUGCUAGAAUUGACAUAACUGUAGAGAAAAUAAGGGUGAUCCUCAAUUGUUUUUGGUUGUAAGCAUUGGCCUAACAUUUUAUGGAACAGAUAAUUGCAUGAAAUUUUUCAGCAUGAACACUGCGUAAUUCAACCAUCUUCUGAUUACAGGUUAUUUGCUUCUAAUAAGUUGAAGCAAGAUUUGAUUUCCCUUUCCAAAAUUGAUGAUACAGCUUUUAAAUGACUUGGUAAAAUUGUGUUUUCUUGUCACUGAAUAAAAUAAUUAAAUGUGAUUAUAGCAAUGUGUGUUACAUGGAUAU